CGGCCGGCUCUCGCCGCGUGAGAUUACCUCUUGCCCUCUCGCUGAUUUGUGCAGCUUAAUGUCGACUCCGUCUUCGAGCAAGCGCAAGGCUCCCGAGCUCUCUGCGGCGGCAGCAGCCGAGCCGUCAGCGACGUCAAGGUCAGUGACUCCGCCCUUCAAGCCAGGCUUCAAAAGACCUGUGCCUCCGUUGUCCAAGACCCCUCCCAACCCGGCCGGCCUGUCCGAGACGGCAAAGUCCGACCUCUUCAACCCUCUCAACCUCACCGUCGAAACAUCGCUGCACGAUGACGACGAGGUGGUAGAUGAGCCUCCAACGCCGGCGAAUGUGCGCUCGAUGCGGAAGACAGAGCUGCAUGCCGCCGUGUGCGCGGGCGACCUGGCGGAGGCGGAGAGGCUGCUCGAGGGCGGCCAUCCCGUCGAGCCCCAGGAGGAGCACGGCUUCACGCCGCUGCACAACGCCGCCGCACUGCCCGAGAAGGUCACGAGUCGGCAGCGGAUGCUCGGACUGCUGCUCAGGGUCUCGGCGGACCCGACCCGCGCCGACAACGACGGGCACACCGCCUUGCACUGGGCCGCCGCCACGGGCAAUGCGAACGCGAUCCCUCCCCUCCUCGCGGCGGGGGCGCGGCCUGCCCAGCGGUCUGCUGCCGGAGAGACGGCCCUCCACCGCGCAGCGAGGCUGGGCAGGGUCGAGUGCAUCAAGCUGCUCGCGGCGGGAGGAGGAGGAGGCGGAGGCGGCGGAGGCGGCGGAGGCGGCGGAGGCGAAGGACCGGCUUGCGUGUCGGGCAGGGAGUGCGUUCUGUGGCCCAACUUGGCGCACGCGUCGCCGCUCGACGUGGCGGGCAAGAUUGGCGGGCGGGUGCACCAGCCGAACCGAAUGGCGGCGAGGCGGGCGAUGCUCGAGACGCAGCCGUCGUGCCGCACGCUGCUGCUGCAUCACCCGGACUGCCAGCUGCACCUCACCGGCGACAGCCACCAGGAGGCGCCGCAGCGGAUCAAGGCGAUCCUCGAGGCGAUCGGGCGGGGAGGCGGCAGCAGCGGCGGCAGCAGCGGCGGCAGCUCGCACCGCGGCGCAAACGGCGGCGCAAACAGCGUCGCGUCCUUUGAGCUCAGCGAGCUGUGCGAUUUCGAGCAGGCCACCACGGCGCAGCUGACCGCCGUCCACGACGCUGCCUACGUCUCGAUGGUCGCCGCCGCCGCCAGCUCGAUGGCCGCCAACCCGCCGCCCUCGCCGGUCCCGCUCACGCCGAUGGUGCAGCAGGCGCGGGGCGCGGCGCCCGGCGCGCUCAAGGAUCCCCUCACCUCCGACACGCGCCUCUCGCCGGGGUCGUACGCCGCCGCCCGCCGCGCCGCCGGCGCCGUCUUGCGCGCGAUCGAGGAGGUGCUCAGCUGCCGCGCGCGCAACGCGAUCUGCGUGGUGCGGCCUCCCGGGCACCACGCCGGCGUGCGAGGCCUGACCCCCGGCUCCGUCUCGUGCGGCUUCUGCGUCUUCAACUCGGCGAUGGUUGGCGAUGGCUCCGAGGAGAUAGUGCGGCGCCUGUCUGCGUCGCUGCCGCCCUCCGCCCUCUUCUUCGCGUCGAUCCACCUCUACGACCCCGGCGACACCGCCUUCACGCCCUUCUACCCGGGCUCGGGCGCCGCGGACGCCAUGCCGCAAAACAUCAUCAACGUGCCCCUCCCCCCGAUGUGGCGCAGCGGCAAGCUCGCCCCGCCAAAGCCGGGCCGCGGCCGCGGCGGCCUCGUCUCGCCGCGGCAGUGUGGCUGCGGGCGGGCCGAGUGGCGGGAGGCGUUUGCGCAGCGGGUGCUCCCCGCGCUGCGCGCCUUCGCGCCGGAGCUGCUGCUGCUCUCCUCCGGCUUCGACGGCGGCUGCGGCGACAUCGGGAACUCGAAGCUCGACGCCAAGGAGUGCUACCACCAGGGGCUCGACCUCACGCCCGCCGACUUUGCGUGGGCCACCACCCAGCUCCUCGGCGUCGCCGCCGUCUGCUGCCCCGGCAAGGUGGUGAGCAUACUCGAGGGGGGGUACGGGGGGUACGUCCUCAACAAGGAGGCCAAAUCGGGCCUCGGCAUCUCGCGCUCGAAUCUGGCCGAGAAUGUGGCCGCCCACCUCUCGGCCUUGUGCGGCGUCGAUUGCCAUGCAGACUGA